AGCUGCCAGGUGUGUUGGUACAGGAGCUCUGACAGCCACCAUUCAUGUUUUUGCACUCAUCAAUAUCUGUUCAGAAAAACUCUUCAUCCCCAAGGCAAGUGCAGCUGUAGGAACCAGGUGUGUUCACACAGGUCUCUCUACAGAGGGACGGGUCUUCAGCACAUUCAUCCACAUCUGAAACAGUUUACAAGCAAAAACUAACUUGUGCUUUGCUUGGUGGUUUAAAUUAAUGUAUGUUUCAAAGAGUACACACAUACCUUCACAAGUGGUACCAUUGGUAGACAAACGGUACCCAACGUACUCAUCACAAGUACACCUGUAGCUCCCUUCAGUGUUGAUACAGCGAGCCGGUGUGGGUCCACUUCUGUUGCAUGUAUCGAUCCC